AUGGCGUCUUAUGUAGUGGAAAACUUAUCAGAGUUAAAUCAACUUUUUAGGGACAUAUCCUUGAAGUUUUCUUCAACUGAAUCAGAAGAUGUCGUGCAAUCUUUGAAGAAGGUUUACGGACAGCCAUUCAAAUCGCUGGGAAAUCAAGAUUUGCCAUCAUGUUUAGAUCGUUUGCAUGAAUUCGGUUAUGUUUCGAGUUCGAACCUGACACUGCUCGAUGAGUUUGUGGCAAACAAAUCAAGCAACAAACAUGAAAUUUACAAGAGGAUUGAGAACUUCAAGGCUUCUAGAUCGCCACAGACCAAAACAAAGAUGGAAUUGCGAGGAAGAAGUGGUGACGUUAAGAAAACAAUAGAAAUCCUCAAAAGUAAACAAAAUGCCGUUGUUAAUUUGUAUGGAUCAGCUGGAGUGGGGAAGACAACACUUGCCAGGAACAUUUGUGAUAAAUGGGCCGGAAAGAAUUAUGUCUUUGAUUUAAGAGAAGCUAAAGACAUGAGAGCAGUAUUUUUUAACAUUAUGGGUACUCUGAACCUAAGUGUCCCUGUUGGGUUUUUAGCGAUGAAUUCUGUCGUUGGAAAAAUUCAUGAGCAUAUCGAAAACGAAAGCAAAAGCCAGUCUAUUCUUUUUCUUCUUGACAAUGUCGAGCAGCUCAUAGAGGGACAAGAAGAAGAGGGCAGGAACUUAAGAAAACAGUUCAUACAAUUUCUAAAAAAGCUUUCAGUAUUCCAGGGCAAGGCAGGAACAUUAAACAUCCUUUUGACCUCGAGGUGUCAGUUUAAAGAUUCAGAGACUGUGACUGAUUAUAACUUGCAACCUCUUGAAAAGUCGUUUUCAGAGAAUCUUCUGCUUCCCACUUCAGUUCCACGAAAAAUUGCAAGUGUUGAUGCUUGGCAAAGAGAGAAGCUUCUUGGAAUCUGCAAAGGAGUUCCGUUGAUAUUGAAAGGAGUAGCUGCAAUUUUGAGGCAAAGAAGAAAAUCGCCAAAUGAUUUGAUUAGUGUAACAGAGAUGACCCAUCAAAGCAAAGUUCAAGCUUCUUUUAAGACAAGCCCAACUGAGAAAAGUGAAGAAGAACCUUCUGAUUUUGAAGGACAAGGAAUUGACAAAAGUCAGAUGUCAGUUAUCAGAGAAAUGUUCAACACUCUCCCCUCUGAUAGUUUGAGACUGUCUGCUGUAUCAGUGUCAUUGUUCCAUGGACCUUUCUCUCCUUCCACGGCGGCCAAAAUUCUUGGCAUCAGUAUACCAGAAGCCAUAGCACGGCUAGAGGGACUGGUAGCCUGUGAAAUUAUUCAACAUGUAGUUGAUGUCAAGCAGUUGAUGUAUGAUAUUCAUCCACUAUUACGAAAGUAUGCUGAAAGCAUUAAAUGUGAGGCAGAGUUCUGUGAAUCUUACUCUGAUGCAAAGAGGCGAUUUCAUGAGCACUUUAUGUCAAAGAUGACAAAAAUUGCCGGAUUCAUAGAGUCUGACUAUGUCAAAGCAUUCAAUGACUUUGCAAGUGAUCGCCCAAAUUAUGAGUUUGCAAUUGACAUCUCCUUGCUACCAGAGUACUUCAGUGUUCCGGGUGGAUACCAAGAAAAUGCAUUGAUUGCAUCCCUUCUAACUGCCAUGCUGCCUACAAAGAAAAGACUCAAGCUGUUUCAUUCCUGGGCAGAUAUGUGUAAAGAUGAUGGAAAGUCCGGUAUGUUACAGUUGUAUUUUUAUGUCGGAUUUUAUUAAUUUUAUAUAUUUAUAAUAACUUUAUUGUAAAAAUAAUAAGACAAAAGGGUGUCACCAGAAAGGAACUAUACCCCCAUAAUAGGGCAGCUCCCAAGAUUUAUAUAUAGAGGAUAUUACACAGUGGCGCAAAGAUAUGAAUUUUAUUUUCGAGUGGCAAAACAAUAUUUUACGAACGAGCGCAGCGAGUGAGUAAAAUAUUGUUUUUGCCACGAGCAAAUGUGUAAUGUUCUUUUUAUUAUAUAGACAAAAUAACAUAGAUAAAAUAAUAGAGGGAAAUGACCGAAAUUACGUCAUCAAUAAUCUCACGUGUGAGAUUAUGGAAAAUAAACCACGUGGGUCCCGGAUGUAGUUUUUAUGAAUUUUACAAGUGGUAUAUUUUCCAGUAAAACACUCGUGACUAUAUAAUAAAUAUAUAUAUGUAUAUGCUAUAAGUUUAGAAUAAUAUAAAAUCAUUGAACUAAGAACAACUGUUAACAAUAUACAGCUAAAUUGAAAAGGUUGCUUUGGUAAUUGGUCAUUGGUAAAUUGGGCAUUGGGCAUUUGGGCAUAUUGAACAAUGCAAUGAUUUAAUUGAAAGAUCACCAAGCUACAGCUUCCCAAUGCCCAUUAAGCAACCUUUAUUGAAUCAGCUUUAUAAUUACCGGUAUGAUAUCUAAUAAAAUCUGAUAGUUUUAUAUAAUAAAUUACACAUUCAAGAAAACUUUAAGAAUUGUACGUAUAUAAGACAAUGCUUCAGAAAAUCCUCGCCCAAAAAGAAAAAAAAAAGUCACUUGAGUAGAUGAUCCAUCAAGCUCUUUUUGAAACUCCUUAACGACUGAGUGCGAAUCACUGAAUGAAUGAGUUUUGGGGCUGGUUCCCAUAUGUAUACACUAUGUAGAGUACAGUGUAAUAGAUACUUACCCCUUAAGCUUCUGACUGAAUUAUCAACACACUCUGUUCUCUGUGAGUACUUCGGUGCAAAAGACUGUUUUGUGCUCAAUAAAAUACAAUGUAUGCGUUUUUAACGAUGAUUUUACUUUUUCAACAAAUAAAUAAAUAAAUAUAUAAAUAAUAAAUAUAAAAAUCCCCUGAAGAGUGAGCGACCACGAAACAGGCUUGUCGGGAUGAAAGUGUAGUUUUUUUCCUAUUUCCAACAUUUAUAUCACCCUCUACUUGAAGGUAUCGAGUACUCUACUACGGUAAAAUCGAAACACAGACUUCCUAAAUAAUAAAUAUAUAUACAUCCGUAGAAAAAGCGGUGGAAGUGUAUAAUUAUAUUUUCUCAAGUUGAUUAAGGCUUGUUUCUUCAAGACAGAUGUAUUUUCAUUGUAAGUUACUUGGUAUACAAGAUAUCCCAUUACUAAUACUUAAACUGUAACAUAAUGGACUCUAAGCUUUCGAAUUUUUGUGACUUUUAUGAGGAUUAAAUGAUCAGUCAUCAGUCAUCCAUGUUGCGUUUGUAUCAGUGUUACUGUGGCUUGUAGAACUUUAUCACUGAGUCAACUGUCGGUAUUCAAGGAUGUUAACUUGCAAUUUUAUAGUAUUUGAUAUUAUAUUAUUUUGUUUCUAACUGUUUCUUCUAACCACAGGUUCCUUAUUUCGCGCUCAGCUACGAUGUUGGGAAGCUAGGCUUGUUUCAGAGGCUCAAGGUACUGAUAAAGGUUUUGAAGUGUUGCAGCAGGCAUCCUCGUCAUUGGAACGAGUUGAAGAUCAAUGUACAGAAUCUUUCAAACUGACUAAAGGGCUUUUCUUGUACAAUGAGGGAGAAGUUUAUUACCGGAACAAAGACUACAAGAACGCAAUCGAAUCCUUACAGUCUUCUUUGGAAAUUAUGGAGGAUUUGUUAAAACUUGAUACCAAUGUUGCUAGGUGUUACAACGCUCUUGGUAAUUGUUAUUACGAAAACAACGAGCCGGAGAAAGCCCUAGAUUUCUACAACAUUGCACUGAACAUGCGGAAGGAAUUGUCUGGUUCUGAAGAUCAUUACGACAUGCCAGUAUACAAGAAUCAAAUUGGCACAGUUUACGAGGAUAAAGGGAAGUAUGAAGAGGCAGCAAAGUGUUACAUUGAGGCAUUGGAUCUUUUGAAACGACUUAAAAUCUCAGGUAACGAGGAUGAAGCACUUUUCCUUAGAAAUCUUGGUAGUGUUUACAUUCGGCAAGGCAAGUACCAAGAUGCUGUCGAGCCGGCAGAGAAAGCAUACCACAUCAGAGAACAAUGCCUUGGAAAACAUCCGGAUACAGUGCGAAGCAUUUUCCAACAAGGACUCAUUCAAGCAAACUUAAAGGCUUUCGAAAAAGCCUUAUCAUAUUUUUUAGAUGCUUGGAAAAUGGAGAAAUCGUUGGAUGCGGGUAACCAUAGUGUGGUGUGGAAACUCAUCAUUAAUGGAGUCUUUGACUUGUAUAAAGAACUAAGGAAAGGCAAGACUAAAAGAAAUGAAUUUACGCAGGACGCUUUGCAGUUUUGUAAGCGUUUUUGGGAAGAGCAGAAACGGUCCAAAAAGUUCGACUUUACCGAGUACAACAAGGAGAUCAUUGAUACAAUUCGGGAUCUUCUUGGUAAUAAAAAGGAAGACAAACCUGAAAGAGACAAGUACGAGAGAGAAGCGCGAUGGUUCUAUGAUGGCAUGCGGAAACAGGCCAGCCAUCCAGUGGAUUCUCCAAAAUUCAUGCAGGUAUUUUUAAAGACAAAAUUCCAAGUAAAUGGGACAAUUUAUUUUUAUACUUCUAGCAAAAUCAAGUGUGUUUUUAUGCCAAAUGACAAAGGGCAAGCGUAGAUAUGCAAACUGUUUCUCGGGAGGAAAAUUAUACUAAAAAACUCAGUCCGGUGUUCCAGCCAAAUUCGUGUGUAUCACUUCCCUACGUCCGCAAUAGUCUCUUGUUCCUUCAAGCAUUGGAAGCAGUAUGGCCGGGCGGUUAGGGCUUGGAGGCCCCGAGAAUUGGAAUUUCCAACUGGUUUGGAUUCUCAACCUUGUGGGCCACCAUGCACCUAGUGGGGUACCAUGAAUUGUAUUAGCUUUACAAAAUCAAUUUUUUUAAAAUGUAUUUUUGGCUUUAUUCAAUUAUAGUAAUUAAUUAAUUGAUUAAUUUUUCAUCAGUUUCUGAAAGAGAAGUUUUCGAAAGGGAAAAAAGAACCAAGGGCCGAGGAAAGAUCUAAAGGUAAUUAACCUACAGUGGUACACUGUACAUUCUUCAUUUUUCAUAAUUUUCAUUGAAUUUUCCAAAUUGCAAUUGUCCUUGUUAUUUUAAUGACCUUUGUUUCCCUUUUUAUACUACUACAUGAGAAAUUUUUGCAGUUUGAUUGGCUUAGAGCAGUGGUAUUUCAGCUUAAUUUGAAAUACCUACAUGUGAAAAUUACAAACCUUUUGCGGGUAGUAGUAUAAACAAAUAAUAGCAUGAUUUGUACGUGAUAUUUGGCAUAAAUACCACUCGUGAUAUUUCAAAAUUGUCUCAAAUUUCACUCGCCUAACGGCUCGUGAGAUUACGUAUAACAAUUUCGAAAUAUCACUCGUGGUAUUUAUGCCAAAUAUCACUGCAAAUCAUGCUAUUACCUAUACUAAUUAUUGACGACAUUAUCAUCACCCCCAUAUUAUUACAUGUAUGAUCGUUUUCAUCAUCAGUGUCGUGAUUAUGAUCAUCGUCAUCAUCAUCGCCAUCUUCAGUAAUCUUCGCCAUCAUCCCAUCGUCACUACUCCUUGUGGUUAUAUGGUGUUCUGCCAUCAGUUUACCGGUACAAUGAUCACCAAAGUACGAUAAAACAUUCUGAUGACCUUUUCGCGUUGCACAUAAGAUGCCGUAAAACUUACGUAAAAAGAUGAUAAGACUAAUGUUAUGCCUAAGUUUAUCAUGCAUUUACUUGUGCUUUCAUUAUUUUUUUUAAAAAGCUGAAAAGCUCAAGCUGAUCUCAAGGUGAUCCAUAUUUAUCUGAUGUAGGCCUUAACAUGCUACCUUUUGAGGCAGUACGACACAAACGCCUAUCGAAACUGUUUUUUUUUAUGCGCGAGCUCGUUGACUUUCUGAGCUCUGCGUUGGAAAAAUUGUUCGCGUCGGUGCCAUGAUCCCUGUGCCGUGUAAUCAUAGCAAAGGACAUCUAUAAAAUUCAAGGCUUCUUAUUUCAUAAUUGUAUUGUUUAAUAUUUCUGAUCAGGAGCUAUUAUGAGCGGGCUUCUAGGUAGCCUCAAACAAUACGUAUACCUUUCGUAAAUUCCAAUGUAAGUCGUAAAUGUGCAAAAUUACAGCGGAUGGGUUCUCAUGGAAACGAUGUGAACACGCAGUUGAUACCACAUCACGUGAGACGGCCAUUGAAGAAAAGAUUUUCUCGAAACUCACUUUGGUCUGCAUUACUUUUUUCCCGAGUGACUUCACAGGAUUUUUACUUUGUCACUAUUUCCAUUUUAAAAUGCUGGGUUAAAUUGGUUUUACUUAAAAAAGACUUGUGUGAUCGUCACCUAAGUUCUUGGUCCGCGAAAGUGACACGAGUUCGAAUUCUGCCAACUAAGUUUUGUUUUAGUUUCGAUUCCUACACAUUUUAUUUAGCAAACACGAAAGGCAAUGUUGAACUUGUUGUCAGGUCGACCUUAGUCGGGAAGGUGCGAAGAGUCCCAAAAUCGCUGCGAGGAGACUGUGAGGAAUUCUCUUCACUCGUUCUCUGAAUUACGGGCUAAUGUGUCACUUUAAUUAAGUAGUAAAUUUGAUCUGUUCUCUCCACAUCCGUAGAAUUGAAGCCUCCCCGUUUUUAUACUGCACAGAAGUUCUUAUUCGGACGAUCCAAAUCUCAGUCCGAAUCGUAUGCUGGGAAAGUAGUGUAUGAGGUAGAAGCUGAGGAAGGAAUGGAAGCUCAGUCUUUGCAGGGCACUGAAGUAGAAUACCGAGGAGUCACUACAGAGGAACCAGAAAAAGAUAUAGUGGCGCCCGAGCAAAUGACCGAGUUGAUUGGAGCACAAGAAGUUCAAAUAGCCCCCCAGUCUGGUAGUGAAACCGAAUCUGAGGAGGAUCUUGAACAAGUCUUUGACGUAGAAUCAGGGAAGACGAUGGAUCAAGAAGGAUCAGAAAGAGAAGUUGUCUUCAGGUACUGAAAAAAGUGAACAAGGAGUUAGUGCAGCGCUGCCUCAUUCGGAGGAGAAAGCUGGGUUGUAUGUUUAUAUAUCGGUAGGAACAUGGUGAAAUGAAAAUGAAAAAAAGUUUAUUCAAGGAGAGUCUCUUGCUGAUUCAAAACAACGGCAGCAAAUGCAAAGUAUGCCUGUCCCCUUCAAAUUAGCAUGGUGUUAUUAUAGGGGGGACAGGGUGUAAGACAUUUUACAUUAAAUAGUUUUGGGGAGAACUAGGGACCCAUGGCUACAAUAAAUAUAUAAUAACUUAAAGAAAUGAAUAGAAAAAUAACGCUAAGAAGAACAAAGGAUGAAGAGUGCUAAUUUCGAAAGAGUACGUUUUGUGCUAUAUUGGUAAGACACAUCCGUGUUUUCAUGGUGUUGGGAGAGUUUGCGGUUGGAAUAAGUACCUUCAAAGACUUCAAGUGACGGUACGGUGUCAGUUUUGUAGGUAUUUACAUUUUAUGAUUGUUGAAAUAUUAUGGAACGAGAGAACUCGGUCUCUGACAGAGGUUUGAAAUCAAACAGAGGAUAUUUUUAGAGCCCUUGAUUUUAUACAUUAAUUAUAUCUCUUGGUGAGUUUGAAGUCGAUUGUCAGUGAACGGCUGUGUACUCACAAUCCUGAUGUAGCUACAAAUCCCCAAACCAUUGGACUUGGGUGGAAGCACGCUAAGAAACAAAAGCAAUAGACAAACAAACAAAAAGCCCUGAAAACAGGGGAUAGUAGGGCGAUAAAAAUCUCCUCGAAAGGAACAGAAAAUCAAGAGCUAGACUGUUUUCAGUCCUAUGUGAAAAUCGAUUGUAGCAAAAUAGCAUGCCCGCAUUUAAUAAAAGGCACUGUUUUAAAAACGAAACCAACAACAACAACUGAUGAGAUAUUUUGUAAUUGCAGAAGAAUAGUAACGAGCGAAGAUACCAAAUGGCCCAUCAAGCAACUUGGUGUUCACCUGGUGUUCCCUCUUGAUGCUUUGUCGGAACCCACUCCAAUAAUGGUCCAAAGAUGGAAAAACAGUGUCUGUUCACCCCCUUUGGAGGAGCACGAGGCCAUUACUAGCAAUGUUAUUGAACUAUCCCCCAUGGAUAGCCAAGGUCUAAAAUUUAACACCAAGGUGAAGCUGUCUCUGUCUCACAGUGCAACAAACCUAAUGGGCUAUGAGCUGGUGAUAAAACAGCUAACUGAUAAGGAGACGAAUAAAUGGGAAGACCUGGAUGGAACCAAGGACAUACGUUCGCUUGAAGGUAUAAAAACGUCUCUUUAUACAGUAGAACAACGCGUGGCGGAUUAUCAGUUUAUCUUUUGCAUGAAAAUCUUUUAAAACUCAGGGUGUAGUCUACGCAACUACUAUGCUCCUAAUCUGUGUAGAUUUCGCGGUUUAAAUUUAUCAGUUGUUCAAGUUUAAGCAAGUUUAACUUCAAGCUUUUUUAUAUUUGUAGAGCAAAGAUAACAGAUGUAGAACAGUCCCUUGCGGGAAUUGUCUUAACUGCCUAUUUACCCCGAAUCUUGAGUUAAAAUAAUUCUUAUUGCCAAAAGAGUUAUUUUAUACUUGCUUUGGAUUAAAAUAGCUCCUUUUUGGAGUCAAAAGAAGCAGUAAGGGUUUGAGUUAACUCCUCUUCAGGACUAAUAGUAGUUGUAUGAUUCAAGUAACAGUACAUGUAUGUUGUUAUACAUUAUCAUACGUUAAAACAAAGGCGUUUAACACUGAACCAAUGUAUUUAUCAUGGGUUAUGUAACCCUUUUCUUUGGGGUGCUACAAGGUAUGCUGUUACGAUUGCUUCAUUAGAGGUAGGCUAUAUAUAUUUGAGUUGUUGUCAUUUACAUUCAUUCGCGUCUUACGAUCGUCCCUACGCCCUCAAAACUUAAAUACCCAGUGGCUAGGGGUUAGAGCGAUUUUCGUAUGUCGUUGAAAAAUGGUUUCGGUAAGUGUUUGUUAUUUGUUUUAUCAGCCAAUGGAUGGAAAGAACAAAGCAUGGACUCUUUGUUUUCCCGCCUAAGAAAACCCUAAUAUGGAGAAGGCAUUGUUCCAUUGACCAAUCGUGUUACAGUAUGACGUCAAAGCGAUUUCUAGAAAGUUCUUCGGGCAUGAAGUUUUUUCAGCCGAGCGUUUGCUUAACCAACCAAAGGCCAGUUGUGUUUGUGUCCGUUCGAUAAACCAAUCAAAUCGCUUUAUUUCCGUUCGUUUCUUGUUUCUGUUUUGUUCGCGCGUUUUCAUUUCAAGGUCAUACGAAAAUCAUUCUAUCAGUGAGUUCCUCUUAGACGUAGUUUUUGCAUGUUCCUAUAUGAAAGGUUGCACGUUUACGGUACCAUUUUUAGACGAGCAUAGUUUAGAUCGUUUUGUAGGCUGGUUUUGUUGCUCUAUUUUUUAAAUUUCCGAGUUUUUAUUCUGUUUGUUAUAUCAUUCCCAUCCAUUUUGUUGAUGAAGGCAUAAUAAAGAGGAUCGCUCACGGCUCGUGUUGACACACCCCAUUUGUGGUUGCUUAUUACAUAUAUAUACAUUAUGUUCGUUUGAGCGGAGUAGCGAAUUAGAAUAUAAAAGCAUUCAUAUUUUUAUGGUGGUGCAGUAGUUUGAUCUUUCCCCUUUGAUCUCAGGCUGGUUUGUGUGAUCCUAGUUUUCUAUAAUCUCUAUCAACUUUUCAUAGGCAAGGAAACAUCACAGGUGCUCAUGAAACUUUAUCUUUUAUCGGUUACAGAGAUCGAGGACGACUUCCCAUCUCACGUGGAAAUACCAGACCUUUUCUUUCCCUUUGCUCAAGCUGACAUCACUGAGUGCUCAACAUACGCAGUGGUUUGUCGUCUCAAGCCCUCUCCAACUUACACCAUCACAUCCAAAGGCGGCUCAUUCAGCCAUCCUGACUAUCCAGGCGUGAAAGUUACAAUCCCUGAGAAUGCUGUUGCUUCUAACGCAGAGUUCCCUUUGGAAUUGAAAGUAGGUCUGAUGACUUUUACCACUCACGUUGUUGUUUUUUUUCCGGCAAUUGGCUAAUUUGUUCAGAGAAACAACAAAUCGAUUUCUGUUUAACGAGCAUCUGUGGAUCAGUUGCAGGAUUGUAAUUGAUUCACAGAAGGAAACAACUAACAAGAAAUUCACAAAAGUGAACUAGUAUUUGAUUAAUAAUAAUGUUUUAAUUCUCUUUUAGUAUUAUUAUUAUUGUUAUUAUUAUUAUUAUUAUGUAAAUUCUUUAUUGAUUACUAGAUUAAAACACAUAUCUAUUGUUACAAAGUCGGCGAGAGGAAAGUUAUAUAAAGUGGAGAAAAAACAUGGAAAUUCAGUGAAGAGAAUAAGUCAAAAAUAUAAAUAAUUUCUUUUUAUAUAAAUGUUUUCUUAAAAUAACACCUAAUGUUUCUUGGACGUAUUCUUAAUCAACGUACGAGAAGUUACUAACAUAGGAGAAGAAAAAAAUACUAGAAAAAUCUUAAGAUAAAUAUUAAAAGUAUUAAAACUAAAAUCUCGAUAGUUCCUUAUCGGUUUCAAUGCCCCUACUAAUCUUAAAUGUGAAAAAAUAUUAUAAGUUCUAAUUCAAAGUCGUUAUCGGUAAUGUUCAGCUGAACUUGUCGGGUACCACGUGAGCCUCUCAUGCUCAACAGCGCAGACCUCAGGAGGGCGAAUGAGGCUUAAGCGCGAAUCCAUGACAUUGUAGUGCUAUAAUCGUCUCCUUUCUUGGUUGAUAAGAGUUCAGCUAGUCCAUUGUCAGUGAUACCUCUUGCAUUCAUCUGCUUUUCCUACGGUGGUAGUAAAUACCAGUUGGGUAGAGGAGCCUUGUUCGACUUCUAGCACUCUGCUGGCGUACAGUCCCUUUUUCUCACUCUCAUGCUGGCGGUAGAUUUGUUUUGUGGUGAGAUCUUUUUAAGACUCUGCAAAAAAACAACAACAACAACAACAACUUAAACUUAAACUGCCGGGCUGGCUUGGUUUCUCGCCUAAGCCCUGUUUUCUUCAUAAACGAAGGGAGUGGACGAGCUCGUUAAUCGUCACAGGAUCUCGAUUACAAAGACAAACAUGCUGAAAAGUUCGACCUCAAAGUCACUGAUAUUAGGUUAUUAAAACAACACACAUACAGUCGCCAGAAAUGAUUUCUGGGUGUCGUUUAAGAAACGGUAAAGGCAUUCAACCCAGCGUUUUAAAUUUUCGUACAGUCUACGUCUCGAUGAGCUAACUAGCAAGUUGAAUCCUGCACAGUUGGUAAGAUCUUUUGUGUCUUAAUUGUGUUUUUUGUGCAAUUUAGGUAAACCGAUCGCAAAUUUGUGGGCUUAAAAUAGUACAAUUAUUCUUUUAUAAAAUUAACAACUGGAAGAGAGAAUGAUGUCCCAUUAUGUAUUCUCUGGCUUGAUAACUAGUGAUUUUCAUUUUCAUGAUGGAACAGGUGCAAGAAGUUUCAAAUGAAGAGUUCGAAGAGGAAGGUGUAUUUCUUGGGCCUGUUCUGCGAAUCAAUCGCUCUGAAGGUGUUCAGUUCUUGAAACCUGUCACAAUUCGACUGCCAAUUUCCCUUCGAGAGCAACAGGACUUGAAUCUACGCCCAAUUUGUGGCUCAACAUGUGACGUCAAAGUGUUGUUCCUGAACUCUGAUGAUAACCAAAAAACAUGGAUUGAUAUCACUGAUGAUCUUGUGAACCCUCCAAGUGUUGAUGGGAAGUUUGUUAGCUUCAAGGUCGAGCGGUUCUCUAGGUAAGGCAGAAAAUAUUCGUUUAGCAGAUGGAUGUUUGUGUCGGUGAAAUUGCGAGGCUCUGAAAAGAAUCAUGGCACUACAUUGGUGACCGGGUGAUUGAAACGCGAAAAUUUGGUUUAUUCAUUAUGUCUAUAAACUGAAAUUACCAUUGGCAAGAGAUUCAAAUCCUCAGCUUUUGAAUUCCCUUUAUCUUUUAAAAAAACUGCCAGUAGUUCGAUCAUCCCUUUUAUAAAGUGGCUCAACUUCACGUUAUCUUGACGCCAUAUCUGGUAAUCUCCGCAAACCAAAUUUUUUCAAAAUGCGUCUAAAGAAAGAACGAAAAGCUACUAAAGAGAAGAGGUUGUGACGCAAAGUUGUUUCGACAAAAUCCAGAAGUCUUUCGGGGAAACAUUUAACGUUCCCUCCCCUCUGUACGUUCCAGGGUUAAAUGUACUUGCAGUAUCUCUAGUUGUCCUAAUACAACGGGCGUCGAUUGUGUACAUAAAUGAAAUAUACUCAUUUUCUCAUUCAUUUCAAGUGUCUUAGCAAUUCAGUCAGUUCAAUAUUGUUGUUGUUGCUUUUUUUAAUUUAAUUCUUUUGCUUUGUCCUUCUUCUAGGUAUUCGCAUUUUGUUAAAAGGCGAAACAAAAUAUCUAGAUUUCAUGGACAGAGAGUCAUAAAAAAACUUAACAGCAGCACUUCGGUUCAGCCCAGACUGGCAGUCUUUUUUGCUUACUUUCGUCCGGAUCUUUCUACAAUUUUGCGUCUGAUGUGUUGCCCUGCUCACCUUCAAGGAAAGCAGAUAAAAAAGCUAAAAAAAGAAGGCAUAAGGCGGCCUAUUUAUAGCAAUUCAAAGAAAGAUAUGACACCUGGCUACGACAAGGCAUUCGUGUUAGUAUCAGGAGGAAUACGCCUACAUGAAGAACAAGACAUGGAGGGAACAUAUCUUAGGUAAGUCUUCAUAUAUGGUUGUGGUUCAAUUUUAUUUUUAACUCGCCAUUUGCACAUCUCCCAUAAUACACGUUGUUUGUCCAACAAAAUUUUAUAAUAGCAAAAACAAAAGCAAGCUGCUAUUUAGCCUAUUUAUAUAGUGCCUAUACGACCCAUCUACAUUUGUUUCACCUAGCGUUGUAUAAUACAAGGGAAGGCAGACAGAUACAUUCCCUCUAACUCAGAGCCUGUUAACAUGAAGGAGGGGGAGCCCAGGUUGAUGAGGUAACUCGUUCAGGUUGGAUGAAAAAAUAACCUGCGUUUACAUGCAAUCUUACAACUCUGCCAUCCCAGGCUGCACUUUCUCAAGAUUAUCGAAUGGUCGCUAAACAUGUAAACACAAAAAUGGCGGGUAAACGACAUUUUUUGGCGGUUAACGCUCUUCUUCUUCACUCUCACUGCUUUUUCUGUAACUUUUCAGUAAUGUGGCUUUCACUUCUAAUGGUGUAAAGCUUCUAGCCUGUACACAGACGUUGUUUUGUUUUUCGUUUUUGUUUUUCGAAAAAUUGGCGAGUGCGGAGCGCGAGAAAGAAAAAUAAAGAACGUCUAUUUUCUUCCUCUCCCACCCCUACCCCCUUGCGCUGGCGGUCAAUAAAUCCCCCGCUGUUUUUAAAUUUAUUACGUGUGCUUGACAGCCUUCGAACAGAAAAUAGAGGGUCUUUGAACAGGCUAUAAAGCUUUCGCCAAAGGCUUUUGCCGUGAAAUUGAUGUAACACGAAUCGGUUACCCCAACUUGAAAGGUUUACAUGGGAAGAUUUUACCCCAGUCGAGGGGUUUACCCGGUCUGGCAGACACCCCACUUACCAUAUAAACGUGAUCAAAUUAACAUGAGAGAUUAUGUGGAGAGGCGGGUAAUACCCCACCUAAGCGGGUUACCUUACCUACCUGGGUAGGUAAACAGGCCCUAAAUUACAGAUCUAUGUAAACAGGCCCUAAAUUAGAAAGAAUAUCAUCUGUCUGGCUUCUCCUGUACUCUACUCUAUUUUUGUCGGCUUAGAGGACUUCACCAUUUUUAUUGUUUUACCCCAAGGGAUGAUAGUUUAUUUUAUUUUUCGUGCAGGUUUUUAGAACGCGACCCAGACGAUGCGGAGUUGGAGGUUGAUUUUUGUCCAGGGGAAAACGUAGCACGAGUGAAAUUUUACGACUCCUUAAAACGCAGAAAGACUCCAUUGUGUAGAUUGCACUUGAAAACUCCCGCUCAGAGUACGGAUUGUUCGGUAAGUCACUCAAGGGUAUUUUAGACAUCAAAUCUUUAAUCUUUAAUCAUCUUUAAUCUUUAAUCACAGUUCGUAACCAUACAUAACUGAUACAAAUGAACUAAUACUAACAUAUACAAUCGAACAAAAAUACAAAAAUAGUUAACAGGAUGGUAGUAGGGGGAAACCAAAUUCCCAUGCUAAGACCUACCCUCCAUCAAACACCUGAUUUACAAAGGCAUCCCAAGUAAAUGAGGCAAUGUCAUUCUGAGUUCCACAAUUCAGUUUGGGCUAAAACUGGGCUUAAAUUAGACUUAACAUCCUCACUCCCACAUUUCCUUUUAAAAGGACCUCUUAGCACAAUGAUUGUUAAGGAAGUUUCGCGAUCAUUGUUUGGUAAUUUUUCCACAAUACUUCAAAGGUGGCUCAAUUUUUUUUUCUCUGUUGGAGAUAAUUUCCAACUCCAUUUCCAUCCAGUAGUUAGUAAUUUUAAAUAAAACUGAACCCUGUUUUCUUUUUUUCCUUUUUUCUUCUUUUGUAUUUUUGUUAUCACUUUAAUGGAGAUGUGAUACAAUAAAGCACUAUUGAUUAAUAAAAAAAUGAGUAAAUAUAUAAUUAUGCAUAAAACUGAACUGUCAGUUUGGGUUUUCAUUAAUUCCAGUUUUUCAGUGUAACAAAAAUAUAGUAUGAACACUGAAGAUUGUGAUAUAGCUGCUUUAAGGAAUUGUUUCUUAACAUUAGUCUGUUAUUUUGAGACAAUACUUAAGAUAGACACCUUCGUUUAGGGUGGCUUUGUAACUCUAGGACCAUGUCCUCUGACAGAGGAACAUAACUGUUAUAUAAAAUGUAUUUGAUACGUAUUUUUUUCAUCUUUUUACCUUCACCAAAAUCGCAGUGUUCACUGAUUAACGCAAAAUGUGUUUCGGGGAUCAUUUUUUAUGAUUUGUUGCAAAGUCAGUAAGAAAAAUUUUUUUCCACCCACCAGUAAACACUGACAAGCCAAAUUUUGUCUCUUUCUUGGUAUUUGUUGGUACAGCCGCUUCAUUUACCGCUAAAAUUUUAUCUUUCGAAACUGUCGCUAAACGAGAAGCCAUUUUGAAUCCCGUCCCAAAACAGUGAAUAUCCAAGGAUAUUCCGAGUUACGGGAGCCAAUGAGAACGCACGAACAUUACUAUCCAUUAAUUUGGUGAAUACUAAUUGCCAUUAUUAGCUUAAGUGGCAGUCGAUUUCUUUUAAUUCUCUCUCUCCGUCUUUAGAAAAGCGCUACUGAUGGACGGUCAGCCUCUUUCGCGGGAGGCCUUUUAAGGGUAACACUAGUCGGAGGUGAAUGGGGAUCAUCGAAAGGCGGAUUAUCUACGCUGAACAGAGAGUUAGCAAAGCACUUGGCAUGUCAGCCUGAGGUUGAAGUAACUAUCCUACUGCCAAAAUACACUGAACUGGAGAAGCAAGAAGCUAAUGAAUCUAAUGUGCGCCUUGUAACACCAGAGGCGAAGCUCGUGUCUGAUCCCAUCAUGAAAUUGUGUUUUCCUCCUAAAGAUCUUGAUAUUGAUGUUGUUGUAGGCCAUGGUCAGAAGCUUGGAGUACCAGCUCAGAUCAUAGCAGAACAGCGCAACUGCAAACGAGUUCAUGUAGUACACACCGCCAGUGAAGAGCUUGCAAUGUUCAAGGAAGGCGAAACAGCAAUACAGAAAGGUGGAGAAAAGCGCCGCACUGAAGUAGACCUUUGUGAGGAAGCUGAUAUCGUCGUGGCCAUAGGACCAAAGUUGAAGGAAGAUAUCUCAGCCAAGCUACGGUAUAAAAAAGAUAAAUGCGUGAUAGACAUCACACCUGGAAUCUUUCAGGAGUUUGCAAAGAUGGAGCAAGCCAGUGAGGAUGGAGAAAGGUUUCGCAUCUUAGUGUUUGGUCGGGGCGACUCCGAAGAUUUUGAACUAAAGGGAUACGAUAUAGCUGCUGAAGCUGUAGCAAGCUUAAAAGACGACAGCUUCCUUCUUUUGUUUGUCGGAGCACCAAAGGGUAAAGAAGAAGAAGUUAAAAAAGAGUUACUUAAGUGUAAAAUUUCUCGCGCACAGCUUAUUGUGCGAGGCUUUAUUGAGAGUCGUGAAGAAGUAAAAAAACUCUUCUGCGAGGUGGAUCUCGCCAUUAUGCCCUCACGAACGGAAGGCUUUGGCCUCACCGCUCUCGAAGCACUCUCCGCUGGCCUUCCUAUUUUGGUAAGUAACAAUUCGGGAUUCGGUAAAGUGCAAUUCGAAUCUUCGUGUGUUGUGUGUUCCGAUGAUCCUGAAAAGUGGGCUGAAGCCAUCAGACAUGUGAGAGAGACACCAAGGAAACUCCGGUUAAAAAAAGCUCUUUCUCUUCGAAAGUCGUACAACAAAAAGUACAAGUGGGGGAGACAGUGUGAAAAUCUUGUGGACAGAAUGCGACAAAUCCUCAAAUAAACUUUGAGUAGACACUCAAGGUUGUACGGCAGAACAACUGACAGUUUGCCUUUUACGUUUUUGUUAACCGUCCUUUUUUGCUUUUGAAACCUAAGUACGAGUCUUGAGCUUUUCCUUAUCGUGGUUGACAUGGCCAUGACUAUGGUCAAAUCUUGUUGUUUUUAAGGCCUCGUUUAAGAAAGAAUGCUGGUAAGCAGAUGACUUCAUUUAAGGCAAUCGAUCUUUGGAAAAGCAUUCCACAACACUUUAAGGAACUGAAUAAGUACGCUUUUUUUUUUUCCAAAAAAAUCAAACAUUUUCUACUGUCC